UUCUGCCAUGCAGCAGGAAAUGAACCGCAUCUGCGGUUAUAAGCUGCUUGUUUUCUUGCUGAAAAUGAAGAAUACUCUGAACGAAGCUGCUUUCCGGGAUCUGCUAUCGGACCUGGAGGUGUGGAAGAACACGUCUGAAAAUCUGGAUCUCUCAGUCCUGUGCCACUUUGCCGAGAUCUUGAAGUCCCCAAGCAAUGACAGCAGGAUUGGAGCGGUCAUGCACAGAAUGGGCGUGUUACCAAAUUUGCUAUUUGAGCUGUGUGACCCUUCUGUGACUUAUCAAAAAGUCAAGGUUGUUACUUCCGUCAUCACAUGCCUGCUGAAGGCUCACUUCACUCCUCUGGAUAUAAGCAGACUUGGGCUCUUCCUGAUCUACACACUCCCUCCUCUUCGUAAUGCAGUUGAAAGCCAUGGCAUAUCUGACUGUGAUCUUUCCCAAGAUACAGAAGUUAACGCCUCUGUUCCUGUCAGCCUCAUCUUUAUCCGCAACCAGCUGUUACUUGUUCUCUGCGACAUCCUCGGCUCAGAGAGCGCUCUGAUCAAAGAUCACCAGAAUACAGUGUAUGACGUCCUGGGCAGCGACUGGUUCCUGCUUUUCCUGAAGCCGCACCUUCACUCCUCCACUGUGAAACUGGGUCUCAUCCUGCUCACACACUUCCUUUCCUGUCAGGCGCACCACAGCAGCUUUAGGGAGGCGGUGAUCCCUGGAAGCCUCAUAGACAGCAUGGAGGCACCCUCUGUCAUUAUGGACAACCUUCGUGCUCACUCUUGGUCAUAUGAAUGUUCCACCGCUGCAUGCCCUGGUUUUGAUGUUCUCCAAGGUCUUCUGGUCAGACACUUUCAGCUGCCGCAAGUCUAUGAAGCUUUGGCUGCUCUCCUGUUGGGAAGGACAGUCACCCACUUCGUAGACGGAGAGGUGAACUUGAAUGACUCCCUCGAGUCUUUGAUUGACAGCCAAGCACACACUCCCACCCCACAGCUCUGUGUGGAGGCUGCAACAUUACUACUCAAACUGGUCAAAAUCAUCGUCAUGCAACACCGAACAGGCACUGAUGCAUCAUGGGCAUUGCAGCUCCUAGCCAAUGUGAUGCAGUUCUUCUGCCAACUACAUAACCUUCGACCCCAAGACCCACUGUGGGCAUCAACGGUGUUCCUCCAUGCACUUGCUGCCAUUAUGUUCACCUGGCAAAGUCCAGAGCACGAGCCGUGUAGGAUAACCGAAUGUGAGGAAGAACUCAGGAUUCAUUCACCCAAGAAGCCUGUAUAUGACUUUUCCCGUAUUCUGCUGAUGGACAGUCUUCUCAAUGUGUCUGGCAACAGCAACACACAUCCUUUAGUGUUACUGGUGGAGUUCUGUCCAGAUGGUGCAACGAUGGAGCAGAGCCAGAGUUUCCAGACUGAGCUGCUGGAGUUCAUCAUGGAAAUCAUCAACAUUCUCAGCAAUGAUAAAGAAAACAACACUCACCUCAUAUCAGAAAGGUCCCAAGACGAGAGACCUGCAGACCAGAUGUGCACGUUAAUGGGCAAUGUGCUGCUCUUCAGUAAGAUUCUGGUGCAGGCACUUUACGGCGGAGCAUUCCUGGGGGCCUCAGAGACUUUGCUCAACUUCCUUGCAGAUCAGAUUGUUGUGGCCCUGGAAAGAGGUCAAGCUCACAAGGAGAAGACCGUGUCAGCUCUCUAUUCCUGCUCAAAUAAUGUCCUGCUCUACUUCCUGUCCCAACCCCGACAUUCCAGAGCAGAGUUGAAGGGCAUCAUUAACACAUUCCAAACAAUCAAUGAUCGCUGGGAUGUUCUCUUGGCAACGUACAAUUCCAACGUGAACUUUAUCACAUGUUUUCUUCAUUGUCUGCUAUGGAUUGGAUCUGGCAGUUACCCCGAAGGUUUUACAUGUGGAACUCCAAAAGUGCACAACAGGAAAGUUUUCCCCAACAUGUUUCCAACCAAAACACAACAUGAAGUGGUUGUAGAAUCUGGGGCAGAAUUUCCUAUUGUUUCAGAUGACGUAGAGCUGGUGUCCUUGGCAAAGGCCUGCUGGUCCAAGGUUAUGAUGGAGCGGAGGCACACCCUGGAAGAAGCGUACAAGAUUGAGAUCUCAGCCAGCCAGACUGCUGAGAGGGCACCCGUAAAUAUGACUGACAUCAGCCCAUUAUGGGAGGAGACGGCUCACAAAGCCUGGCUGCUGCACUCUGAGAAUCACAAGGAAGCGACGGUCCAAAGCCCUUACAAGACGUUUGACAUGAUCAGCAGUGCAGUCCGCUCAGCGAUGGGGAGACAAGACAAGCAGGCAGUGACAGUGGAGGAGUUUCUGUCUUACAUGGAGUCGCACCGACAAAGAGGCAACAGCAUGUUUGAGAAUUUGAGGACAAACCACAUACAGUUACGAGCCAGUGAGUGGGAUUGGGUCAACGCCCAAUGGUUGCUUGUAGAGGCAGAGCUGCUGAGGGAGAGAGCAGUGUUUGGGCCAGGUCCGGGCGUGCUGAUCAGCCGUGACUGGGUGCAAGAUGCUGCCGAAGGACCCAACCGCACCAGACUCCGCGUCCGCAGAAAGGAAUUGAGACGAUCCAGACGGGUGCUCGGAGCCCUGUCUCUUGGCUUGAGGAAGGUCACGUCUGCAGAAAGCAACAAGAGGCCAGAACCUGACACAGAGCCCAAGAUUCUGUGUGAAGUUGGAGCUGAGGCCCAAGAGGAAGAUGAGGAUGGAGGAAAGGCUUGUGAUCAGCUGACCUUCUUUCCUGUUUUGAACGAAACACCUCCCUCUGAAAACCACAAGGAGCCCUGCUCCCGCACGCAAACCUGCACUGACAUCCGCAUCAUCCUGCAGGAGCUGCAUCCUGGCGAGGAGGUCAAAGCAAAGAUGUGUGUGGUGACGGUGAGCGGCCUCAAAGUGACUGAGGGGGUGCUGCUGUUCGCCAAAGAGAGUCUGCUCUUGUGUGAAGGAUUCACUCUGAGUCCGUCUGGAGACGUUUGCUGCAGGAAGCACCAAGCAAGCAGUGUCAGGGAUUCCUUCAUUUCCAGCAUCCUGAGUAAGGAGCCAACUUCAAGCUGCAGACACUGGCUCUAUGAGGACAUCAAGGAGGCCCGAUUUAUGCGGUUCUUAUUAGAGGACAAUGCCAUUGAGGUCUUCAUGAAAAAUGGCCAUUCAGCCUUCUUGGUAUUCAUAAAUAAAGACCAUGUUUCUGCAUAUAAAAGGUUGUGCAAGGUGGUGUCAUCAUUAAAAGGGAGAGGUGUCGCUGAUGUCAUCGCUAAUGCCAGGAAGACUCCCAUAGUUGCGAAGACCAUCCUUGUUAAAUGGCAGAAAGGGGAGAUCACUAACUUCGAGUACUUGAUGCAUUUGAAUACUCUUGCUGGGAGGACAUACAAUGACCUCAUGCAGUAUCCUGUAUUCCCCUGGGUCCUAGCUGACUACAAGUCAGAGGAGUUGGUGGGAAACCUGCCUAAGGAGGACUUAAGCCGGCCCGCCAUCCAGAAGAUGAAGACGUGCGACUGCAGGUCAAGGAACCUGGCCUUUGUCCUGACGCUCUUGGGCGAGGAAAUGAAAAAGGCCAACACCAGGGCAGAUGUCAAAGCCGUCACUUUUGUGUGUAAAUUCGGCCAGCAGGACGUAGACCCUUUCGACCUGACUAAAAUAGCCAACCAAGAGCUGGUGAGAAGCGCUUCGAUCCACAUGGCCAAGAAGAAGAAUACACACCUCCUCUUCUGGCUUUGGUGCAGGCAGCGUGUGGUGGAGAUAAGGGGAGCUUUCUUCACCUACCUGGGAAUGCACGAGGCGGUGUUCUCCAAAAGGGGGAAAGAGCUCUUCUUAGGCCACCCACUCUCACCGGAUGACAUUAAUCUCAGCAUCAGCCUCGGAACCAGCUCGAUUGCCUUCUACAGCCUGACGCGUGAAAGGGGGUUUCUCAGACCGGGGCUGUACAAUUCGGCCAGUGUGAAGGACCCCCCCGCCGCCACUGGAGAAUUGGAGGCGAGAUCACCCCCAGAAGACCCACAACCUGUGGACCUGGCCGCUUUGCCAAGUGCUUGA